AUGCCCAAAGCAGGAGCUAGUUCAAAUGCUGCACCAUCACUUGCACGUACUAUUCAAGCAAAAAAACGUCGACCUAAAAAUGGUGGAAAACCUCGACCACCAAGAGAUUUACUUCAAAAAAAAUUGAUUGACAUGGCUACAGGAACAUAUUCUACUCGUUUAUAUCAUUCGGCUGUUGAUGGUCUAGUCAAUUCAGCAGAUCAUGACCGUCAAAAUUUAAUUACAAAACGACAAAUACCAUCCCUACGUUGUCCUAUCGCGCCUCCAUCUAUUCGAACACCAUAUAUGCCUCAGUCUUAUCCAAUACAUUCCAAUGUAUUACGAUCCUCAACAGGAUCAGUAUUACAUCGUGGACCAAAUCCACAUAUAUUACCAACAAGACUACUACGACCAACGAAUGUACGAUGGGAUUCACCAAUAAAUAUUGUUGAUUUUAAAACACGUCCAUUAAUAAAUCAAAAAAAAUGUUUUCAAAAUCCAUAUAUUUUUCAAUCCAAACCACAUCUAGUUCGAUCCGAAUCAUUACAAAUGCCAAAUACAUAUUUACUAAAUAAUGAAAUUAUGCAAAAAUCCAAACUAGAUGCAAAACAUUUUUGUGGUCUAGCACCUAUACAAGAAAAUAAAUAUUUGAUGAAAGAAAUACCUGCUUAUCGAAAUUCUACAUGUAUGAGUAGACCUACAACUAAUACUAGUGGUGGUGCUCCAACAUCACCAUCAGUUGUAACUCCAUCAACACCAGUUACACCAAUAGAUUACGCUCCAUUAACACAGAGUAAUUCAUCAUAUAAUAUUAUUAAUAGUGGUGGUACGUCAACGAAUCCUUCACUACAAACGACAAAUUUACGUAGUAAUGGUGAUUUAAUGACAGAUAUGGUAAGUAGUAAUGCGCCGACAGUUGUUCCAGUCAAUAUUGAAAGUGACAAUGAGGAAGAAGAUGAAGAGGAAGCUCAUGACAUUCGUGGUUCAGAUGAUGAUGAACAAGAGGAUCCAAAAGAUUAUUGUAAAGGAGGUUAUCAUCCAAUAACAAUUGGUUCAGUGUUUAAUCAACGUUAUCAUGUUAUAAGAAAACUUGGAUGGGGUCAUUUUUCUACUGUAUGGUUAUGUUGGGAUCGUAAAUCCGCUAGAUUUGUUGCAAUGAAAGUUGUUAAAAGUGCUAAACAUUAUACAGAAACAGCAUUAGAUGAAAUUAAAUUAUUAACUCAUGUACGAGAAAGUGAUCCAUCAGAUCCAUAUCGUCUUAAAUGUGUACAAUUACUUGAUGAUUUUAAAGUUGCUGGUGUUAACGGUACACAUGUUUGUAUGGUUUUUGAAGUACUUGGACAUAAUUUACUUAAAUUAAUUAUACGUUCAAAUUAUCGUGGUAUACCAAUACCAAAUGUCAAAACUAUAACUAAACAAGUACUACAAGGUCUUGAUUAUCUUCAUCGUAAAUGUCAGAUUAUUCAUACGGAUAUCAAACCGGAAAAUGUACUUAUGUGUGUUGAUGAAGAACAUGUACGUGCUUUAGCUUAUCAAGCCGCUGAAUGGCAUAAACCAGGAAUCAAACCAGUUGGAUCUGCAGUUGCAACUGCUCAUAUUGUUAACAAAUUAGAUCCAAAAACGUUGACAAAAAAUAAGAAAAAAAAACUAAAGAAAAAAGAGAAACAAAAACAAAAAAUGCUCGAAUUAACUCAACAACAAAUUCAGGAUGCUGAAAAACAAAAACAAAGUUUAUUAGGUUUACCCAAUCAAAUUAAUUUAAAUAAAAUGGUUCUUACCGAUCAAAUAACUGAAUUAAAGCCAGAUACUUCGGAAAAUAUUUCCGCCGAAAAGAAAAUUAACGGUCAUCAAAAUUCGUCAAAAGAAAAAAAAUCUGAUGAAAGUGAUGAAGAGAAUCCUGCCAUACGACCUGGAAAUGGUCAUGACAAAGAACAAAAAACUCAUUCAACUAAUGGAAAUACAGAACAAGAACUUAAUGAAAAAGCUGCGUUGGUUGCUACUACUGCUAUUUCUGGUGAUUCAGAGAAACAAACAGCAUCAAAUGAAGCUGAUACAAUAUCUAGACCACGACCGAUGGCUGAACGAACAGCAAAUCCAGUUGUUGAAGUUGUAUCUGACGAUAUUAUGCAAGUUAAAAUAGCUGAUCUCGGAAAUGCUUGUUGGACAUAUCAACAUUUUACAGAAGAUAUUCAAACACGACAAUAUCGUUCACUUGAAGUCAUACUUGGAGCUGGUUAUGAUACAUCAGCUGAUAUAUGGAGUGUUGCUUGUAUGGCAUUUGAAUUAGCAACAGGAGAUUAUUUGUUUGAGCCACAUAGUGGAGAAGAUUAUAGUCGUGAUGAAGAUCAUAUUGCACAUAUUAUUGAAUUAUUAGGUCCGAUACCCAUUGAAAUAGCUCAUUCAGGUCGAUAUUCACGAGAAUUUUUUAAUAAACGAGGACAAUUGCGUAAUAUAAAACAAUUGAAACCAUGGGAUUUAUUUCAUGUUUUAACUGAAAAAUAUAAAUGGCCACCUUAUGAAGCUAUUGAAUUUACACAUUUUCUUGAACCAAUGCUUCACUAUGAUGUUAAUCUACGCGCUACUGCUGCAGAAUGUUUGAUGAAUCCAUGGAUCACUGGUGAACCUUUGUUUGGUAAUCCAACUGAAGGUUUUAUGUAUCCAGAUGAACAAUUAGGUUAUGGUGGUAGUAGUAAUGAACAUAGUCCAACAGCUAUACAAGCUGGUGCUGCUGGCUUUGAUUUUCAUUCACAUCCGACUGAUCUUGGUAGUUUCUUAUCAGCUGCCGUUGGACAUCAACAAAUCUUACACGGUGCAGUUGAUUUUAAUCCAGAUGAAUCGGAUGAUGAUAUGUCCGAAGUAUCAGAUGAUGACGAACAAUCGGACGGUGAUGAAAGUAGCGUAGGCGAGCUUGAUGAAUGA